AUGAGAGACUGCAUAGAGAAAGGAAGAGUAGUAGAGUUCAAGUGCAAAAGAAAGGCAACCCAAAUCGGGGUUAUAGUGGACUUUGUGACCCAAAACUGCUUUGUAGUGCAAAUAGUGUGUGCUAAGACGGGGAAAGCCCUCGAAAGAGAGAAAAUAACGAAGAAGCACAUUCUUCUGACAGAGAACGUAAUUGCGUACGAAGACUCCGAGGAGGAGAGAGGGCCUGCUUUUAUUGCCUCGAUUGAAGCCAACAUAAAAGACGCUGUUUUGCAGAAGCAGAAGUCGCAGGAGUACGUAAAAACAGUCGAGUCCGAGCAGAGGAGGGAGAUGAACGACUUCGAGAGAUUCAUGAAGGAGCAGGAAGACCUUGCGAGGGAGAAGAUACUCAUUGCCCACGGAUUCUAA